AUAAUAUGAUCUUCCUGAAUUCUGAUAUUCAAUACAUGUACAUCAGUUGAUAUAUAAUACCAAAGUCGCCCCAGUUAAAGGGUGAAAUGGUAUAUUUUUAUGAAAGUGGAUUUUGUGUUAAAACCCCCAGAUGAAAACGGUUAAAAAGUCUCUCUUACGCCCUAUUAAAUUUCACUUACGUAUAAAAUAGUUCGCAUAGUGUUUUGAUACUUUGUCACAUCGAGUGGAUACAAGGAUGCCAGACUCGGCGGCCCUUCCGUUAGGCGGUGUGAUCGGAAUUGUUGUGGGAGGGGUAGUGCUCGUCUCAGCCUUGAUCAUUUAUAUGGCUUGCCGCAUCUACAACAAGAAGGAAGGCGGGACGCUGGGGAAGAAAUCCCGGAUCUUCCCACAUGGGCCUGUCGUCCUCACCAACUCCUUCAGAGAAAAAACUACAGACCGGGAGUGGCAGCAUGAGUCAGGUGAGAGCUUCCGAAUCGACCCGGGCGCCCUGAGGGUUCGAGAGAAUCGGAGAACAAUCAUCAGUUACGAUAGACCGUACAGUGAAGAAAAACACAGGAGUCUGCAGCGGCUUCAACCGAAAACGACUGUCUCUAACUACGGGAUGGUGAGCAUUAUGAGUUCCGGCGGCCGUCAGAGCUUUGAAGACCCGCGACUCGCUUCUGGUACCUCUGUCGGCGGACCAGCACGGGCGGACGCUGGGCAGAGGUUGUCCAACACGCGGACGGUUUCCGGUGCAUCCAGCGGUCGACACUCGCCCUACUAUGCCUCUGGUGCGCAAACAGGGAGUGGCGAAUUCUUUAUCUAUCCUAAUAUGGGGUCGGGCGAAGGAGGUUCCUUUUACUACGGCUUGCUUGACGAGGCAGACUCCAAUACACAGCUCUUGAACUCUGGAAUAGGGCCUCCAAGAUCGACUGUACUUCGGCCUGUGAGCGGUGAAAUUUCCAAAGGACAAGGUCAAAGUCACAAUAAAGCGUCUUCAAAACCCGAAGAACCUUUGUACGCAACCAUAGACAAGCGGUCGAUCGUCCAAAACAGGCCGUCCCCCAAACCGGAGGUUAACCUAGAUCAGCACCCGCAGGUCAUCUUGCGGCGCCAGGAAGGUGACCAGAAGGGCCAGAGAGUGUCAAGCGCUGGGAGCCGGUAUGAUAGCUUCCGGAGCAGUAACGCGGUGGACUUGGGCGCGGAACCGUUGAAAGCCUGGACGAUUAGCCAGUACCGUGAUCAGUCCAAGGGACGUUCCCAGGCCUUUAUUCGCUACUAGAACAUUUUGAUUUAACUGUACAGUGAGAGCAUCGCUUCCAAGAACAAGUGUUGUUCAAAGCCAGCUGAAGACUUGCCAAAUAAUAUAUUUUGGUACAUUUCCAUAAAAAUGCUCAAGGCAUUACCUGAACAAUAACGGGUGUCCGUUUUCGUUAACUUUGAACAUUUCUAGAACUUUGGGAUGAACUUGUUAAUUAAUACUGAACUGAAAGUAUUUUUUAAAUAUUCAAUAUGUGGGACCAAUACUCCCUUGUCGAUUACUGUUUUGUGUCAAUUACGUUUUAAAGCUCCGACAAGCCAGGCGACCCACAUUUUUUAACAUCCCAUCAAUCCAGCUGGACUUAUAUAUAUAUAUAUAUGUGAAAAACAAUAAUUGCGCUGUGUUUUCAAUGAAUUUGGACAGUAUUAUGAAUAAGCUAUAUUUCAUCUUUCACUGAUACAAAUGAUUGAGGCCCUUAUUGCUGAUAUAUCCAGAUAUAGUCUAUAUAUAAAUCAAUGUACACAACUUUUAGUCCAUGGCCUUAUUUAAUUGUGGCCAUCAAAAACAGAACGGAUCCUCACUAGGUGUUCCGCAGUAAUGAUUAUCUAACAAUUAGAACUAUGAUCCUCACUAGGUGUUCCGCAGUAAUAAUUAUCUAACAAUUAGAACUAUGAUCCUCACUAGGUGUUCCGCAGUAAUAAUUAUCUAACAAUUAGAACUAUGAUCCUCACUAGGUGCUCCGCAGUAAUAAUUAUCUAACAAUUAGAACUAUGAUCCACACUAGGUGUUCCGCAGUAAUAAUUAUCUAACAAUUAGAACUAUGAUCCUCACUAGGUGUUCCGCAGUAAUAAUUAUCUAACAAUUAGAACUAUGAUCCUCACUAGGUGUUCCGCAGUAAUGAUUAUCUAACAAUUAGAACUAUGGUGUAUUUUUCUUUUGAAAGUUGAAAAAAGCCUGAAUCUGAACCCUGCGUUAGUCAAUGAUUUUUUUUUAUGAAUCUUUGUGCGUCAUUAACUUUUCUAGAACGUGAAAAGUAUAUACAUUAUAUAGGCAACUUUUAAGCCACAUUUUAUGAACAUUAACAUGUUUUAUUGUUUCAUUUUCCAUUUCACAGACGUCAUAACGCAAUCUGUUUCGACAUUUUUUUAGUUUAUUACCUAAUAUUCGAAUUGCAUUUCUGAAUAAACACAUAUUUACAUAA